CCACGGAGCCCACUGCCACCACUUCUGAGCAGAAGAUGGCUGUGCCUCCCACGUAUGCUGAUCUUGGCAAAUCUGCCAGGGAUGUCUUUACAAAGGGCUAUGGGUUUGGCUUAAUAAAACUUGAUUUGAAAACAAAAUCUGAGAAUGGACUGGAAUUUACAAGCUCAGGUUCAGCCAACACCGAAACCACCAAAGCGACGGGCAGUCUGGAAACCAAGUACAGAUGGACCGAAUAUGGUCUGACGUUUACGGAGAAAUGGAACGCUGACAACACACUAGGCACGGAGAUUACUGUGGAAGAUCAGCUUGCACGUGGCCUGAAGCUGACCUUCGAUUCAUCCUUCUCACCAAACACUGGGGAAAAAAAUGCUAAAAUCAAGACAGGGUACAAGCGGGAACAUAUCAACCUGGGCUGUAACAUGGAUUUCAACAUUGCCAGGCCUUCCAUCUGGGGUGCUCUGGUGCUGGGUUAUGAGGGCUGGCUGGCUGGCUACCAGAUGAAUUUUGAGACCACAAACUCUCGAGUGACCCAGAGCAACUUUUCAGUUGGCUACAAGACUGAUGAGUUCCAGCACACUAAUGUAAAUGAUGAGACAGAGUUUGGUGGCUCCAUUUAUCAGAAGGUGAAUAAGAAGUUGGAGACUGCUGUUAAUCUGGCCUGGACAGCAGGAAACAGUAACACUCACUUUGGAAUAGCAGCCAAGUACCAGAUCGACCCUGACGCCUGCUUCUCAGCUAAAGUGAACAACUCCAGCCUGAUACGGUUAGGAUAUACUCAGACCCUAAAGCCAGGUAUCAAACUGACACUGUCAGCUCUGCUGGAUGGCAAGAAUGUCAACACUGGUGGCCACAAGCUUGGUCUAGGACUGGAGUUUCAAGCAUAAAUGAAUACUGUACAAUUGUUUAAUUUUAAACCAUUGUGC